AUGGCAGAGGAUAUCGGGUUUGAGCCAAUGUUUGAAGACAUUGAAGAAACAAAGCCGAAGAAGAAGGAGAAGAAAAAGAAGGCAGAAAGGUCAGCUCCUGAGAAUUCUACUGAAGAGGCUCCUGUAGAAGAAUCUGGUGAAAAAGUAUUGACGAAAAGUGCAAAAAAGAAAUUGAAAAGAAAAUUAUCAAAGGAGAAGAAUGACCAGAAUGAAAAAGAUGAGAAAUCGGAGAAAAACGAUGAGAACAUAGAAGAGCCAGAAGAGAAAAAAUCGAAAGUCCAGGAAAAUCUGAAUACAAAAGACAAAAAGCCGAAAGCAAAGUUUCAAAAAAAGAACAAAGAGCUCAGCUUCGAGGCUAUUGAAAAUAAAUUUUGUACAUUAUUAUCAAAAUUAACGGAAACAACAUCUAAGUUCAAUGAGGGCGAAGAGCUAAUUAAGAAACAAGUCGAAGAAGGAAAAAUCACCGAAGGUGAAGCAGAAACAUUGUACAGGGUUUAUAACCGUAAUCUACGGCUAAAGAGAUAUCGUGAAGUUAUAAUUAGAGCCCUUGGAGAGAAUGCCGAUCUAUUUGCUGUUAAGAAUAAAGUUAAUAGUAUGGUCGAAGCUAAAAAGGUGACAAGAGCAGAUGCUGGAGUGCUAAUCAAAAGAUGGAAAGCGAAAGAAACACGAAGAAUUGGUAGACAAAAUGAAAAAUCGUCGAGAUCAGCGUGUUUCCAUUGUCGAGAACCAGGUCACUUAGUGUCGGAAUGUCCGAAGAAAAGCUCAAGCGACGGCGAUGGAAUUUGCUUCAAAUGUGGUUCAACGGAGCAUUCGAUUUAUUCAUGUAAAAAGAAGAACAUCAAAGGCUUUCCGUUUUCGACCUGCUUCGUUUGCAAACAAAUGGGUCAUUUGUCAAGAGACUGCCAUCAGAAUCUGAACGGAGUUUAUCCAAAUGGUGGAUCGUGUAAUGUUUGCGGCUCAAUUGCCCAUUUGAAGAGGAAUUGCCCAGAAUUGGCUGCUCAAAAAGCUGGUAUCAAUGGAGAAAAGAAGAAAUUCGUCGGCCGUGCGUCAACGAACCUUGCACAAGAAUCUGCAGACAUGGACUACGAUCCGACCGAAUCUGCAAUUCCUGAGAAGAAACCGGUGCGAAAAAUGCCAAAACACAUUAAAUUCUGA